AUGUGCUCGCACUUCGGAGCGACAGAGGGCAACAUUUUGACACCAGAGAAAGAUCCGUCAAUCUUUGUCACUGCAUCCUCCGCAGUUCAGGCUACCUAUACUACACAAGCACUGAUUUUGCAUGCUGUCCUUCAACGUGUGAGCCACUCCACCCAACAGUUCCACUUUCAGCAGACUGUCGCGAUUGUGCUGCACCGCAACCAAAAGGACUCACUAUGCAACGGUGUAGACGGCGGCGUCGAGUACCAAGUAUGGACUGGCGGACUAUCUACUAAGAGGCAGCAAAACAGUGAUUUGGUGUCCUCAUAA